CUUGAAUUCUAUAUUGUAUAUUUUAAAUACUAACGCUAUUAGCAAAAACGACCACUAAUAUGCAGUGAAUACCCAAGGUGUCAUUUAAAUUCUAUACAGUGUGUGACACAACCAUACGCUGGUUAUAUCAUUACAAAGAUUCCUAAAUAAAAUAUGAUUGUCUUAGGGACGUGGCAGAGGCCGGGGUGGCAUGAGAGGUAGAGGUCCACCGAAGAGAGUUGCCUUUAGGGACUUGCCAGCAGAGGAUGAAAUAGUCCAACCUCAGGCAGCAGAGGAAGGUGAACCUUCUAAGGCUGCCAAGAGACUGAAGUCUGUCAUGAAACUCAGCAAACUCCUGGCAGCCGGCAAGGGAGGAGAGCAACCAUCUGAUGCCGGCCCUCCUGGCCCAUCUCCAUGGAAGAAAGCCAAGUUGCUCAAGAUGUUUGGCGCUGGAAAGAAGGACAAGGAUUAUGCCAAACUGAUGUCAGCCCGCCGUAUUGACAGCCAGGACAGUCUUACGGACAGACCGGCAGUUAUUGGGCCAAUAGAUAGCAAGUCGGAUGCUCGCAGCCGGCUUAGCAAAGUUUUAAAGAAAAUUACCAUUGGCAACAAGUUGCAGGUCAGGAGGAAGUCACAGAGUAGCGUGAGUCAUGGCUCAGCCACAGGCAGUGAGAAAGAUGAGGAGGCUUCGCAGGCAGCCAGCGAGGAUGAAAGGAAGUCUAAAGUGUCUAUUAGUGUGACCGAAAGUGAGCCAGAAGGAGGUGCAAGUGGAAGCAGUAAGGAGAAAGACUCUGAUGAAGAAUCCUCUGAGAAAAGUAGUGUUGACAGAGAUUAUCUUAAAGUUGACUUGGACAGAGAUGACACAAAUGAAAGCACUGUGGACUCAGAGGAAGAGCCUGAUGAAGAGCCAGGUGAUUCUGAUGAGGAAAGCAGGUCCAAAUCUGAAGAGGGCGAGGAAACUGAGAAGGACUCUGGCAGUGAAAAAGAAUCAGAGACUGAGGGAGAGUCAGAGUCGGAAAAGGAAUCAGUGUCUGAGAAGUCCUCGGCUACGGAGAAAGAGUCAGAAACAGAGUCGGAGUCUGAUGAAGAGUCCAGCUCUGACAAGGAAACGGAAUCAGGAACAGCAACAGAAAAGGAAACCAGUACAGAAAGGGAUUCAGCAACAGAAAAAGACUCUGAUGAAGAGUCUGAGGAAGAAGAGGUGUCUGAAAGCACUAGAGAAAGUGGGUCUUCUGCACGCACUUCUAUAAGAUCUUCAGCUACUGAGGCCAGCAGAAGGAGCAGUGCUUCUGCUACUGUUAGUGGGACUGACAGUAAAGGUAGUGAAAGUGCAAGUGACAGUGGCAGUGGUAAUGUCAGAAGCGGUAGAUCUUCCUCUAGAUCAAGUGCGAGAUCCACACAGAGAACCAGCUCAUCAAGAGCAUCUUCAAGGAAGUCCAGCGAAGAACUCAGUGAAGCCGAGUCAGGGACAGGAACAGCUAGUGACGCAGAAUCGGGAUCAGGGUCAGGGUCAGGAAGUGAACGCUCUUCAUCUUGGGGGUCCAGCAAGAAAAAAGCAUCCAGUUCAGAACUGAGUAAAAGAUCUUCAUCUGGCAGUCAGCGUUCCUUUGGAAGUGAGGGGAGUUCAGCUGGCUCCCAGUCCACUGCUGGAAGUCGACGUUCCCGAAAGUCUGUCCUGAGUCAUGGUUCAGAGGAUGCAAUCACAGAGGAGAGUGAAGAGGAGGAGGAAGAUGAGGAAGAAUCUGGGACUGCUGAUGAGAGCAAGGACUCUGCGAGUGAGGCCAGCGAUGAAGCAUCAUCAAGAAGAUCUAGUGUCGUUUCUGAAGGCCCAGGACCCUCUGCUCCCUACCGUGGUCAGACCUAUAGUCCUGAGAUCAGGAGCACCUCUGAUGAUACAUACGGAGGCCUGUCCCCCAUCACUGAAGUGGACGAGGACGCCAUCUCCUCCGAUAAAUCUUCAGUCAGUGCAUCAAAGGGCUCAGAAGGCACUGAAGAAACAUCAGGUGGUGAUUCAGGAUCUGAAGGGAGCUCAACGGCCUUCUAGCGAGAUUUAUUGUCCCUGUGAAGUAAGAGUGAAUAAAAUCAAUUACCUUUGCAUGGGAGUGAAAAAAUAUUGCUUGCUUCCACAGACUGUUUCAAAUGUCUGCUUUUUCUCAUUUUCCCUGAGUAGGGGAAAAGCUGGUUUCCUGCUGCACAUUAUCUGAGUCUGACUCUCCUUUUUCUAGUGUUGACUUUUUUUUCUCUUUGAUGUUCUCUGUGUGCUUUUCAUGAUUUUUGGUUUUUUGUACAGUAUUCUAGUGCUAUUUUUACAUGUUCUUUUUUAUCAGUUUUCCCUGAAUGUUAAUAUUUUACUUAACUGAAAAUGGUUUCUCACUGUAAACUGACAGAUGUUUUCUUGAUAUGCGUUUUAACUUUUGCGUGAUGCCAUAUAAUAUGAGAACAUGUAUUUUUUUGCUGAGGAAAAAAAAAAAUCUGCUUCAAGAAAUAUCCAGUCUAUCUAUUCCACUGGAUAUAGUAGGGGAGGAUGCAAAACCCUCCUCACUACUAUGAUGCUAAAAUUUAAAAUUGGUUGGUUUUUUUUGUUUGUUUGAUUUUUAGUUUUUCUCCCGAUUCACAUGAGCACACCAAAAACUGAGCUUUUUUAAAAAAAAUCCCCAUUCUGACGUGGUUUUUUUGUGUGGUUUUUUUUUUUGUGUGCGUGUGGAAAUUAGAUCCAACUAGCCUUGCAACCUUUUAUUGCACAUUGCCAAUCAGCUGGCUUAAAAAAAGAAACAUUUUUUCAAUGCUUACAGGGCAGACAUAUUUAGUAAUACGAUGAUUAUUAAUGGUAAUAAUUGAACAAUUGCAAGGAAAUAUGUCGAUUUUCUGUUUUAAAAUAACAUUUUCUCUUUUUUUUUGUUCUCUGUUUUGCAUAAAACCAAGAUUAUCAUACCACCCCAUGUUUGCUUACACUUUCACAUCCUUUUUGAUCUGAAUGGAAACCUAAAUAAAGAGUCUAAGCUUUUUGGUUUGAUUGCUGUGCUGUGAAAACUUGAUUUCUAUGUCUGCUUUUUUAUUCUUUUUGGUUUUGUUUUAACCACAACUUGCUUUACCUUCCAAAAAUAAAAUAAAAAUUUUAAAAA